GAUUGGGGAUCAUCCUGGCUAGAGGGCGCCAGUGAGCCGCUGAACCUGCAGUAAUUGGACUGGGCUGGAGGUGGCGCACUCUCUCUCUUCCAGUGUUGCCGGGGGAACAGCAAGACACAUUUUGCACACUGCAGUGACUGGAAGCCAAAGAAAAGAGACAACAACUUGAAACUUCUGCAAACCCUGGAAAGUUUAGAGCUUUAAAGACUACAGAAUGAAUAUCGAUAUAGUGGGCCGGAUCCGACCAGCCCGCAGACCAGAACAAGGCCACAGUCUGCAGAUCUCAUCGGAAGGCAAGACCAUCUACACAGCCUUAGGAGGAGGAGCGUCCUGCAGUUUCCAGGAGGUCUUUGACCAGAGGGUCUCCACUCAGGAGGUAUUCAGCAGGGCUGUGGAGCCCCUGCUCAACGUGUUCACGGAAGGAAUGAAUGUCUGUGUUGCCGUGUUUGGUGAAUCCAACUCUGGGAAGACAUACACAUUGAUUGGAGAAAAGAAUGACCGAUUUGCAAUCGUCCCCCUAACGAUUGAUUACAUCUUUGGUAAAUCAAAAUUGCAAAAUUUACAGGUCACCGCAACCUGGAGUUUAUCGAUGUCUAUGUAUGAGAUUUAUGCCGAGGGACUGAAGGAUUUAUUACAUUCCAGUGGAUUGGACCCUGCUAUUCUAAAGCUUGUAUGCACUGCCCAGGAGGGGACUUUCAUAAAGGGACUGAACCAUAUCACCAUCUCCUCAGCAGCAGAUGCCACCACCAUUUUCCGGCAAGGUUGGGCACGUCGCACGGGGGCUGUGACAGACUUUGGACCAGCAGCCAGCCAUUCUACUGUUGUGACGCAGCUGAACCUUCUGGUGCAAGACCAAAACGAGCUCCAUCCAACCAAGUCAACCCUGCAGAUCAUUAAACUACCAGGAGCCGAGGUGCUGGCAGAAGACAAGAACGCUUUGCACUUUCAGGAAGGGUCACUGCUUAACAAGCCACUUCUUGCCUUCUUGCAAGUGGUGAAUGAUCUGGCCAGUUCACCACAUCCAGACAGAGUUAUUAACUACAGUGAAUCCAAACUAACUCAGCUGACCCAGGAUGCGUUUGGAGGGAACUGCAAGACCCGGGUUAUUUGCUGCCUGCCCCCUAAUCCAGACACGCAGCAUCUUUCGGCCGUCCUACGAAUGUGUGCCACCCUCUCUCAAGUGAAAAAUUUCCCUGUGUUAAAUGACCACUUUGUUGAGUCACUGCUGACCCAGUACCGGGCACGGAUCUCAGCGUUACAACAUCAGUCUGGUGAGGAUAUGACCACCAAGUCUGGGAGUGAGAAAACCAGUGUCCUCAAGGAUCAGAUUCGACGACUGACCAAUGAAAAUGUACAUCUUCGUGACAAGAAUGAACGUUUAUACUCCAAGCUAGGAGAGCUCCAGGGAAAGAUGGGACAGUUAGCCGGAUCGAAGACUGACCUCUCAUCCAAGCUGAUCUUUAGCGAGGAGGAGAAACUGAAGAUUUCCAAGGACUUGAUUGACUUGCAGAUUCAGACAAACAAGAUUCGAGAACAAUAUGAAGCGGAAAACUUUGAACUUAAGAACAAGAUUUUAAUUCUUGAACACAGAACAGUGGAACUGGAAGGGCAGAAAAACAGAUGUGUGAAUGAUUAUGAGGUGGCGAGGAAUCAGCUGAAGGCGCUUGAGAAAAAUCGUCAGGAAUUGGCAGAUGAAUACAUUGCCCUGAAGAGCAAUUAUCUGGCACUAAGGAAACGGCAUGAAAAUGAGGUUGCCAGAAAUGAUGAACUGAGUAUGGAGCUUCUGAACUUGGCCAACUCCAGGAAUUCCCUGAUUAGAGAACAGGACCAGUAUGUGAAGUCCCGUGCCAUCUAUGAUGAAGCUGCAGAAGAGCUGAGCAGAGUGAAGGACCUUGUGACUCGGCUCAGUAACAAGAAGAAUGAAGAGGUUAAGGAAUACGAGCAUGCCAAGCUUGAGAGAAAUUUGUUAGGAAACCAGGAUCAAAUAAAAGAACAAAUAGAAGAAAUGAAGCAAAACAAUGCAAAACAGCAAAAUGCAAUGGAAGGACAGAUUGUUAAGCUGGGCAAAGAACUUCAAGAGGCCAAAAGGGCUAUUCGAAACACACAGCACAGACUGGCGGAGCAGACAGUGGCAUUGCUGGGUUCUCAGAGUCAACUGAAAGAGAUGGAAACUGAGAACUCCCAGCUGCAGCUCCGACUGAAAGAACUAAAUGAAGAAUAUCGCAUGCGACUUGUUCGCUACAUUGAAGAUGUUUCUGACUAUGUGGAUAAUUCAGUGAAGCCUAGCAAUGAUGACACUAAACCCUCAGCAGACUCAUCUCACCUGAAGAAGUUUGUGGACAGCAUGCUCAAGGACAUACGCUCUGCCUAUAGACUGCGAGAGGAACAGCUGGCUACGGCAGCCAGAAAUUACAAGAAAAGGAUGCAGAACGUGUUCAAGAAACAUGAAUACCUCCUGAUCGCAUACAGAAUGCAGCGGGAACAGAUUUUAUCAUUGGGCAACAAGGACUUGGAUCCUGGUCCUUCAGAAAUAACCCUUGCGAUCACUGACGGUGAACUUUUGAAUCAUCAGAGUCAGGAGCUGAACAGAUUACGUGAGGAUAAAGCUCGCCUGGAAGGACAACUCCGAGACCUUCAGGAGAAGAUAAGACUGGGUGGGGGUUCUGCACUGGCUGCAUCUUCCUUCGUAAUGGAAACCGGUGGCAAGUCUGAGAAUGAAGGCUGGAGUGAACUAAAGAAACAGCUGAGAGAGUUCACAUUUACCACACAGGAAGAUUUGGAACGUGAACGUGCUGAGUUGAAUUCGCGGGUCAUCAUUGCAGAGGAGCAACUGGCUGAGCUGCAGGAAUAUGUGGACAAGCACCUAGGCAGGUACAAGCAAGAAAUUACACGCCUCAGAAAACUUGUUGGAACUGACGAAUCAAGUGGUCAACGCUAAGAACCUCGCUAGAAAUCACACCAGAACCUCAAAUAUGAAAAAUAAUAAAGUAACUCCUAAUGCUGUCAGCAAUUUUUUGAAUGGUUAUUUCAAGGCACUGGAAAUACUAGGAUUAGUGAAUUUACAUAGUAAUGUAUUUAUCAUGGCAUUGUUAUAAAAUAAAAUUAAUACUUCCUACCCAUAGACUACCCAUUAAUAAAUUCCUAUAGACUUACAAAUCGACCAUAUAUAGGCAUGGAGAAAGCCAUUCAGGAACACAGGCCUAUUGUAUGUACACUUAGUGACCACUUUAUUAGAUACAGGAGGUACCUAAUAAAGUGCCACUGGGUGUAUUUCUGUAUGUUCAUGACCGUCUUCUGCUGUAGCCCAUCCACUUCAAGGUUCAAUGUGUUUUGUGUUCAGAGAUGCUCCUCUGCACACCACUGUUAUAGUGCAUUGUUAUUUGAGUUACUGUCAAGGUCCUGUCAGCUGGAACUAGUCUGGCAAUUCUCCUCUGAUCUCUCUCAUUUUACCCUCAGAACUGCCGCUCACUGGAUGGUGUUUGUUUCUCACACCUUUCUCUCUAAACUCUAGGCACUGCUGUUCUCCUGUUCCAGAGAUUCUCAAGCUACGCACCUGCAACUAUUCCACAGGCGAAGUCACUUAGAUCGUAUUUUGUCCCAAUUCUGAUGUUUAGUCUGAACAACAACUGAACCUCUUGACCUUGUCUGCAUGCUUUUAUGCAUUAAGUAGCUGCCACAUGAUUGGAUGAUUAGAUAUCUGUGUUAACAAGAUGUACAGGUGGUUACUGAGUGUAUAUCAUAAUUGUACUUACCAAAUUUGUUUCCUUAAGCCUUAAUCUUCUUACCUCUCAAAGUGCUAUCAAUCUCAUUUCUGAAAUGUUCAAUUGAUCCCCGGCAUCUUCAGCUCUCUCGGAAGAGAGUUUUCCAGAGGCAUUCCUGAUGCUUCUUUUUAUCACUUCUGAAUUGGUAUGGUUCACUUCUUAAUUGGUUUGAUUGGUGUUGUAUGGAUUGGACUCAUUUUUAGAAGGCUCUGCAGUUCAUGUUAUAUGUGUUUCUGGUUUGGGUUACACCUUUUAUAUUGCUAUUUCUCCGGAUUUUGAUCAGGACACUUCGACGCAGACUGGUUCUGCGGCCUACAGUUAAUGAAUGACAAGCGCUAAAUUGAACUGAACUGACUACUUCAAGGACUCUGCAGUUUGAUGUUUAAUAUUCUGUGUGUUGUUCAUUCAUUUGUUGCCGUUUGCACAAUUUGUUCUUUUUAUUGCACAUUGGGUGUUUGAUGGUUUCUUUGAACAGGUUCCAUGGUGUUUCUUUGUUUCGUGGCUGCCUGUGGGAAAUCUCAGGGUUGUAUACUGCAUACAUACUUUGAUAAUGAAUAUGCUUUGAAUCUUUGCACUUUGAUUAGUUCCACAUUCAUAGUUAGUGAUGCAGGAUUCUGAACAUAUUGAAUGACGAGGUUAUAUUUAAUCUCCUUUGUUAAUGUCAGUCAUUUAAAAAGCACUUUUGGAGUACUUAAAAAGCAUUUGUUAAAAUAUAAUGUCUGAAUUAAAUAAUUUAUUUCUGAAAUGUA